AUGAAUGCCUCCUUGUCCUUCUAUCGCUGCCAGGCAUCUCGCUGGGUGGAAAAGGGCUCCUCGGCGACAAUGGGCGGCUUGCUCUUCAGUGCUGGACUGCUGGGCAACCUGCUGGCACUGGUGCUGCUGGCACGAUCUGGCCUGGGGUCCUGCCGGCCGCGGCCACAGCGCCCUCUACCCUCGGUCUUCUACGUGCUAGUGUGCGGCUUGACGGUCACAGACUUGCUGGGCAAGUGUCUAAUCAGCCCGGUGGUUCUGGCUGCCUAUGCGCAAAACCGGAGCCUACAGGAACUGCUGCCUGCCGGGAGCAGUAAGUUAUGUCAAGCCUUCGCCUUCAUUAUGUCCUUCUUUGGACUAGCCUCGACGUUACAGCUGCUGGCUAUGGCGCUGGAGUGCUGGCUGUCUCUGGGACAUCCCUUCUUCUACCAAAGGCACAUUACCCUGCGCAGGGGAGUGCUGGUGGCUCCUAUUGUGGGAGCCUUCUGCUUGGCUUUCUGUGCACUCCCCUUCGCUGGCUUUGGGAAGUUCGUGCAGUACUGCCCAGGCACCUGGUGCUUCAUCCAGAUGGUCCAUGAGAAGCGCUCACUGUCGGUUCUCGGCUUCUCUGUGCUCUACUCCAGCCUCAUGGCGCUGCUGGUCCUGGCUACCGUGCUCUGCAACCUGGGUGCCAUGCACAACCUCUAUACCAUGCACAGGCGCCUGAGGCGCCACCCUCGCUGCUGCCUCAGGGACUACUCCCAGACAGGCUCAGGUCACAGGCAAGAGUCCCUGCAUCCCCUGGAGGAGCUGGACCACCUCCUGCUGCUGGCUCUGAUGACAGUGCUCUUCACUGUGUGUUCCCUGCCUUUUAUUUAUCGUGCUUACUAUGGAGCCUUCAAACGUGUUACCACAACUGAAGGAGACUCGGGAGAUCUCCAGGCCUUGCGGUUUCUGUCUGUGAUUUCAAUCGUGGACCCCUGGAUUUUCAUCAUUUUCAGGACGCCAGUAUUCCGGAUGUUAUUUCACAAGAUCUUCAUAAGACCUCUGGUUUUCAGAAACUGGCACAGCCAUUCCUACCAAUCUAAAACGGAAUCCACUUUGUGAGACCUGAGUGCUCUGGUAAGCUGAAAAUGUACCACACACUCAAAGAACCACGAUUAGAAAAUCCCUACAAUACAAUCUUUAAAGAUUACAUCCUCUGGGAGUGAAGAGAUGGCUUGGCACUUAAGAGCAUGCACUGCUCUUCCAGGAACCUGGGUUUGAGUCUCAGCGCCCAUUCAGGUGGUCCACAGCUGUCUGUAACUCCAGCUCUAGGGGAGUAGAUGACUCAGUCCUCCAUGGGCACCUGCAACUCAUGUGUACAAAACCGCACACAGACACACUUGAAAAUAAUAAAAGUAGAUUUCAAAAUAUCUCCCAUAACUAAAGCAUGUAUCUGAUUUAACAAUAGGUUGUCAAUCUGUAUCCAUAAAUCAUUUUGGUCCAGUUUAAAAUAUCAUGCUAUUGACAGCAACUAAAAUGUGCAUGUUGUAAACACUGUUAAAAGCAUUAUAGCAGCCGGGCGGUGGUGGCGCACGACGUUAAUCCCAGCACUCGGGAGGCAGAGGCAGGCAGGUCUCUGAGUUCGAGGCUGGGCUGGACCCACAACCUCCAAAACAAUACAGAGGAACCCUGUCUCGUAAAAACAAAACAAAAAAGCAUUAUAGCAAUGAUAUUAAUUGUCCCAACAUUUAUACCUGGUGGCCCUAAAUUUUAGAGCAGUCUUGAGAACUGUGGAUUUUUACUUAAAUAUGGUAGAAAUACCAUUGUCUGUUUAUAAAUUUUAUGGUGGGUAUUCUUAAACAAGCCUACAACUGCUCACAAUAUGUUUUGUCGUGUUUUAGUAAAACCUAACUUAUUUUGUA